AUGGUGAGUAGCCUGCUGUAUGCGCUGGUCCUGAGCGUCCUGGCGCUCGGCUCGUACCUGUAUCCCACGCGGCAUACACCGCAUGCACCGCAUGGACCCAACAAUGACGUGCCGAUCUUUAUGCGCGCGCCGUCGCAAGGCUACCCGCCGGCCUACCCCAUGAACGGCACCCAUGGCGCGGUGACGUGCGAAGUCGACGUGUGCUCGUUCGUCGGCACGUACCUGCUGGCCAAAGGCGGCUCGGCGACCGAUGCGGCGACGGGCGCGUCGAUCUGCGUCGGUGUCAUGCAUGCGUACCACUCUGGCAUUGGCGGUGGCGGAUUUGCGCUGGUCAAGACGAACCAGAGUGAGCCGAUUAUGAUCGACUACCGUGAAAAAGCGCCGCGGGGUGCGCACCAGGACAUGUUUGUGGGCUUGCCGAUCGAGGAAAUGUACCAUGGGGGUCUCUCGAUUGCGGUCCCCGGCGAGAUUCGCGGCUGGGAGGCGAUGCACAAGCUGUAUGGCAAGCUGCCGUGGGCGGACCUGAUCAUGCCGUCCGUAACGAUCGCGCGCCGCGGUUUCCGCAUCCCCCGCCAGCUCAAGAUGGCGAUGGACGUGCUGGACGGCCUCAUUUGUAACGCGCCGCGCCUGAACGAGACGUACUGUGUGAACGGCAAGCCGAAGAGCGAGGGCGAGACGGUGCACCUCCCCGACCUUGCUGACACGCUCGAGGCGGUGGCGCGCGACGGCCCCGACGCCUUUUACCGUGGCCCGAUUGCCGAGCGGACCGUCGCCGCGGUGCAGGAGCGGGGCGGGUCGAUGACGAUGCAGGACAUGGCCGAGUACAAGGUGCUGUACCGUCCCGCACAGUCCAUUCCGUAUCGCAACAAGUACCGCGUAUGGUCGACGUCUGUGCCGAGUUCUGGCGCCGUGGUCCUUUCUGCGCUGCGCACGCUCGAGCACUACCCCGAAAAAGCGUUCGAGAGCAACGACGUCUUGGCGACGCACCGCAUGAUCGAGGCGGUCAAGUUUGCGUAUGGCGAACGUACGCGGUACGGCGACCCCGCCUUCCUCAAGAACGUGACCGGCUACGAGGCCGAGGCGAUCUCGGCAGCGGCCGGCGCGACGCGCUACAACAAGAUUGACGACUUUGGGACGCACCCUGUGUCGUACUACAAUCCCGCACUGGAGGACAGCGGUGAGGACCACGGCACGUCGCACAUCAAUGCGGUGGAUGCGAGCGGCAUGGCGGUGAGCAUCACCACCACCGUGAACCUCUGGUGGGGCAGCGCGGUCCAGACCGAGGACGGCAUCCUGCUCAACGACGACAUGGACGACUUUAGCACGCCCGGCACGCCGAACCAGUUUGGCUACGAGCCGUCGCGGGCGAACUAUAUCGAGCCGGGCAAGCGCCCGCUGUCGUCCAUGUCGCCGAUGAUGGUCGAGGACCUGCACACGGGCGAGCUGAAGCUCAUUGCAGGCUCUGCUGGCGGCUCGCGCAUCAUUACCGCCAACCUGCAGAUGGUAUACAGCUACCUGUCGAGCGACGGGCGCGUGUCGAUGCAAGAGGUCAUCGACCGCCCCCGCUGGCACAACCAGCUGCUGCCGGACGUGACGUACUACGAGUACCACAGCCCGAACGUGCCGUCGCUGCCGGGCUUUAACAAUGUGACCGUCGCCGCACUCACUGCGCUCGGCCACGACCCCGUGUGGUUCGAGCCGGGCUCGUCGGCCGCGCAGGCCAUCCAGCGCGUCGGCCGCGCGUGGGUCACCGCUUCGGAGCUGCGGCAGCCCGAGGCGCGGGGCGGCGCAUUUUAG